AGUUCCUUUGAUGGUCACCUUCCUUUCACCUUUCUUAUAUUAUGUGUGUUUACGGGAAUUGGUUUGAAUUGUGUGUUAUUAUAUAGUGAAGGACCAUUGUAGGAGGGAGAAUGUGGUAUACUGGUAUCACAAGGGUGCAGUGACCGAAUAGCUGACAUCAUAAAGAUUGGCCAGGGAAAUUACUGGGCGUGCAUAACCAUAUGUCAGGACUUCCACUGACCACAUGACUAGGCGAUCUACUUGGACUGGUCAGUGAAUGGAAAACCAAGGGUGUACAUGCCAGAAAGGGACCUCCAGAAAUUGUAUAAAACAGGGUAAAAUGCGAAGCUCUCGUCACCGCUGCAGUGAGCGGCUCAGGGUUCAGAUCUCGUCUCGUAACACUGUAUGUGACACCUGUUCGCAGGGCUGGGCGUUGGGGUUAUCUCCGGGUACUCCUCUUUCCUCCCCCUCCUUAGUGCACUAACACGAUUUGUACAGUUAGGCAAAGCGCUUGCCACUCUUCACAUUCACUAUGUGUCAUCAUUUUAUUUAAGUGGUCGCAUUUGUGUUUCACCUAAACUGGCUAAAGGUCAAAUCCACGGUUUCUAUCAACCCCCAAACACACACACAGUUUCAAUAGCGAAAGGGCAGCCACUCUUCUCGCUCUUCGCCGAAAAGGGAGAUAAUGCUGGUCCCAUGUCAAAAUUGAGAACGUUUUGAGAUUAAAUUACAGCAGAAUCAUACCAUGGGUAUCAUUCGACAGGUUUUCAGAGGUGCUGCUGUUGUGUCUGCUGCUGGUACAGGAUAUCUUUUGUUUGAUGUGCGAAACAUGAAAGUCUAUCGAGACCAGCCUUUAAAUGAAGCCUUGAAACACUACAUCUCUGUGAAAAGUCUUGCCUUUUUGGGUUCUAUAUUUCUGAAGAAACUAGAGAGUGCUACAUCUGAUGUGGCUAGGGCCCAAGAAGAUUUUCUUCUGAAACAAUUGAGGGAUAAUGCUGACACAGAGUAUGGCAGACUAUACAACUUCUCUGCCAUUAAAUCUGCAGAAGAAUUUGUUAGAGUGCACCCUCUCACCCGGUAUGCUGACUACAAACCUUAUGUGCAGAAGAUGAUGGCAGGUGAGCAGUCUGUUCUGACAAAGGAAAAGCCAGUCAUUUUUGGUGUGACCUCAGGAACAUCAGGAACUGAAAGUAUUAUUCCAAUGCUUCUAAAGCAAAGGGGAGUCUUUUUCCUAAAUGGAGUAUCUGUAGCUUUCAUGUGUAUGAGUCAAGCUUUUCCUGAAGUUGUUUGUCUGAGCAAAAUCCUGAAAAUCUUUUACAACCCAGCAUGGAGGAUGUCAGAAGCAGGCAUAAAAAUUGGACCAAACUCAUCGUCUCCCUCUGAAUCGAAAAAGUUGCUUCACAUGUAUUCGACUCCAGCUCCUGCAUUUGACAUUCUGAGCGAACCUGAAGCUCUGUAUGUACAUCUUCUGUUUGGUCUGAAAGACAGGCACCUAGGCAUGAUAGAAGCUAAUUUUGCUUCACUUGUUUUCAAUGCUUUCCAGAGGCUUGAAGAGGAGGUUGCAAAUCUAGUGAGAGAUAUAGAAAGUGGAACACUUAAUUCACAGUUGAAUGUAAAACCAGAGAUAAGAGAGAAGCUUGAAAAGCUGCUAAAACCAGAUCCAGUUCGGGCGCAAGAAAUUAAAAAGGCAUUUGAAGAGGGCUUAGUGGGAGUGGCAAAGAGACUGUGGCCAAAACUGCAAAUAAUUGUGUGUGGAGACUCUGGUUCUUUCACCUUAUAUGGCAGCAAGUUGAGGGAGACCUACUGUCAAGGCAUCCCUUUGUACUCUCCUCUUUAUGGAGCUUCCGAAGGACUACUGGGCAUCAACAUCUGGCCAGAAGAGCUUCCUUCCCGAUAUUUGCUUCACCCAAGGGCUCAGUUCUUUGAGCUGAUUCCGGUAUCCCAUGCUGAUGAGGACCAACCACAAACACUCCUUCUUCAUCAGGCAGAAAAGGGAGAGUUCUACGAGCUGGUCAUCACCAAUCCAUCAUGCCAGUAUCGUUAUCGUAUUGGUGAUGUGGUGAAGGUGGUUGGCUACCACAAUCAAUGCCCCAUCAUUGAGUUUAUGUACAGACAGGGCCAGUUCCUUAAUGUAAGAGGGGAGAAAACUUCAGAGAGUCUUUUUUAUGAGGUUUUGAGGGACACGGUGGCUCAAUGGUCAGGUGUGAAGCUGCUGGACUAUUGCUGUGCUGAAAGUAUCACUGUUGAAGAUGCUGGCAUAAAAGAUUACAAGAGCCACCUUCCAUGUUACCAUGUUUUUGUGGAGUUGGAACAAGCAGGACAGUUGUCAGUUAAUCAGAGGAAAAUGGUGGAUGCAACUUUGUGCAAUAAAUCUUAUGUCUACUCAUCUUUUCGUAAGAAAGGAAGUAUAGGGGAAAUGCAGGUACAUAUUAUGCAGCCAGGUUCCUUUAGGGAAUUGCGAGAGUUUGUAAUUCAAAACACUACUGGUUCACCUAACCAGUUCAAAGUGCCACGUGUUUUGAAACGCAAAGAUGUUGUAGAAUUCAUGUUUCAGAGAGUGGUUAAGAAUUGAGAAAGGAUUUGCUUUUACUCAUGAAAAGAUUAAAACUUGUUAAGGACCAAAGAGAGCAGAUAGACUGGGGUUCUUAAUGGGUUUUUUUUUUUUUUUUGGUAAAUGAUGGUUGUGGUAGCCAUGACUGCAUCUGGAUAAAGUAAGAAACAGACAUUCUGUGUUAGAAUCUUCAUUUCUUCAGGGUGAACAAUGUCUUCCUCCUUUUACAGUGUUCUUGACUGCUUUCAUAUGUCCUGGUAGUCAACCUAUUUGUUGCUUUUUGCCUCUUCUUGAAUGACAUGAACACUGAAUGCUGCAAUGAAGUCAGGACUGUUCCCUAAAAUAAGUUUAGGGUGUCUAAAAUUUAGUGUUGCUUUAAAAUAAUCAUGUUGACAAUUUAUUUUUGAGAUCAGUUAAUCCAUCAUGACUUUUUUGUAGGUGUGUUUGGUGCCUUAAUUACUUUCACAUUAAUAAAUGAAAUGAAUAAAUUCAUUAAUAAAUGAAUGAAACAUCUCAGGUCGUAAGUUAAUGUUAUUUACCAAUUUUUGUUUGUGUGUAAUCACUGAAAAUAAUUGAAAAAUCAAAUAUACAGUAUGUUCUGGAAACCUUUCUGAUGCAACAGUAUGAAAGGUUAAAAUAACUGAAGGUCUAUAAGUAAAUGUGAAUUCAAAACUGAUUAAUUAAUUCUCAGCAAAAUAAAAACAUUUACUAAAUGCUUUAAAGAUGUGUUUUAAUCAAGUUUUCUUUAAUAUACUUUUUCAUUACUUCUUUUUUCUUCACCAUGUGUCUUGAAAAUCUCUUUUCCAAUGUCUGGUUAAUAAUUUUCAGGUGAUUGUAUUAGUGAUUGUUAUUAGCAGUCAUUAUUAAUGUAUUCCAGCUUGGUUGGAUCCAGUGCAGUGGUGUAGGAAGACGCUCAGGUUUGGGGAAGGUGGAGGGGCAAACUCCAUGCUAAAAGUGAAUGGCAUUCUUGCCUCCUCAGUAUCUUUUUUUUUUGAGGGGGCAGCUGCCCCUCUUGCCUCCUGGUUCCUAUGCCACUGCUCUGUGUUCUGUAUCUAUUUAGAUAAAUAAGAUGGCAAAUUAGUUGAUUUGCUGGGGAAAAAAAAUGUACCUGUUUUUUUGUUUUUUGUUUUUUUAAAAAUAUGUAUCUGAUAUUUUAGAGCUAAUUACUCAGGGAUCUAUGCAAUAAAAUUUAAUUAAUUAUAGGAGGUGGCCAUAUAAUGUACCUUUUUGGAUAGACAAAAAACACAAAAUCAUUGUGAUAUUAUUAGAAUAAAAAUCAUGCUAUUAUUAAUUUUUUUAAUUUUGAGAGUGAAUAUUCAGAAUUUUGUUUCAGCUUGUCAAAGGUGCUUUUAAAAAUUUAAACAGUCAUGUAAAUAUCCAGUGAUUAUAUUUUUUGAGGUAGGGGGAAGGGAGUUGUGGACAUAUGUAAACAUGCUAUUGAAACAUUGUACAGGUGACACGAAAUAUUAUCAAACUUAAAAAAAAAAUAGUUUUCUGAAAUAUAAUAUGAAUGAUUGUGAUACACCGAAGAUGUAAUUUCUGUACUUUUUAAAAUAUUAAUUUGAAAGUCGUUUUAUUCUUAAAUGAUUUUUUCCUUACUAUGCUCUUGUAAAAAUAAAAAAUAUAAAAUAUAUGGAAGAGAAGUUUACAGACUUGAGUUCUUUAUGAUGUGAUAAAUAAAAUGUAAGCUUU